AUGGUAUUUGAAUCAAUAGUAGUAGAUGUGCUAAAUAGAUUCCUAGGGGAUUAUGUAGAGAAUUUAAACAGAUCCCAGUUGAAACUAGGCAUAUGGGGCGGCGACGUAGUACUUGAAAAUUUGAUAUUAAAGCAAAAUGCUCUGGAAGAGCUCAACAUUCCUGUUCAAACAGUUUAUGGUCAUUUGGGAAAGCUCGUUUUGAAAAUACCAUGGAAGAACUUGUACGGCGCGUCAGUAGAGGCGUCUAUAGAGCGCCUCUUUUUGAUUGUAAAUCCCUUGGCUGAAAUCAAGUAUGAUCCGGAGAAGGAAGAGAAGAUGGCGCUGUCGGCCAAACAGGCCGAGCUGGCGAGGGUCGAGGAGGCCAAGAAGAAAGAAGCUCAAAAAGACGAAAAUAAAUUAGACGAGACGUUCGUCGAGAAAUUGGCGACACAGAUAAUAAAGAAUGUACAAUUAAAAAUAAAGGACAUCCACAUAAGAUACGAGGACAGCAUAACAAACCCUAAAGCACCGUUCUCUUUCGGCAUCACCCUACACAAUAUAUCCGUCUAUACAACCGAUGAGAACUGGAAGCAAACCGUCAUACAGGAAGCGGUUACGAAGAUAUUUAAGAUAUUAGAUAUGGAAGGGUUAGCGAUCUAUUGGAAUCCAGACACCGAAUUAUACUCUAAGUCGGAACCACAAGAUAUCAAGACUAGAUUACAGAAUGAAAUUGCUACAAAAUCUUCGCGACCACUAUCCUAUAAAUAUGCAUUGGGACCAAUAAACGCUACUGCAAAAUUAAAACUCAACCCUAAACCCGAAGGUGACACGCCGAAAUUUAGUAUACCGAAGGUUAUCCUCAACCUCCAUAUGGAACAGCUCGUUGUGAGCCUUACAAAGGCACAGUACCAAGACAUGAUGCUGUUGGCCGACUCUAUGGACAGAAUGAGCAAAGGAGCACCUUAUAGAAAAUACCGUCCAAAUCUAAAGACCUACAAGGGUCAUUAUAAACAGUGGUGGCAGUUUGCAUACACUUGCAUCUUGGAGGAGGAAGUACGAAGACGUCGUAGAAAUUGGAACUGGACACACAUGCUUAAUCAUAGACAACUGUGUAAAGACUAUGCGAACGCCUACCAGUGCAAAUUGAGCAACAAUGGUAAAGUGACCACUGAACAGCAGAAUGUUAUCUGCCAGGCUGAGAAGUCGUUGGAUUUAUUCAACUUGGUUGUUAUAAGGCAGAAAAUAGAAAUGGAGGUGGAAAGGUUGGGUAAAUUGGAGGAGGAAGCCCGCAAGACCCGCGGCUGGUUCGGCGGAUGGUGGUCGCGAGGCACCUCCAAGGACGACGAGCUCACUGAGGGCACUGCUAUAAUAAAACAAUUCGAGAAAGCGAUGACACCGGAGGAGAAGGAGAAGUUGUUCCGCGCGAUAGACUACCAGGAGAACACGGCGCCGCUGCACCUGCCCGUGGAGUACGUCGCGAUGGAGAGCUUCUUCCACCUCGACAGGCUGCAAGUAACAGUCAACGACGUCGGGGAAGUUCUGAGGGCGUGCGUAGACCACGUGCAGUUGGAUAUGAAGCAGAGACCCAGCGCUAAUGCUCUUAGGGUUGACGUCCAAAUGCAGUCUUUUACAGUUUGGGGCGUGAAGCAAGGCGACUUUGAACCAGAAAUGGUUACUUCUCAGGAAGUGACAAAAGAUGCCAACUUGUUGAAUGUUGUUUUCGAAACAAAUCCUCUGGAUGGCAAAUGCGAUCAACGAGUCAAAGUAUUAGCGCAACCACUGCAGAUUGUGUAUGAUGCACAAACGGUAAUAGAGAUUGUAAACGUCUUCAAACCGCCUUCCGAAUCCACUGCUUUGACGACCUUACAAGAGGCAGCAGGUAACAAACUAUCUGAUUUAAAAGAAAAAUCAUCACUGGGCAUGCAGUAUGCAGUGCAGAAUCACACAUUCAUAGAUCUGGAUAUAGAUAUUGCUGCUUCAUAUAUAAUUGUGCCUCAAACUGGAAUGUACAGAGGCAAUGAAUCAUGUGUGGUAGUGAAACUUGGUGCUAUCAGCGUGAAGUCGGAACCUCGCUCGGAAGUUUUAGAUGUUCACAAGUUAUACAAAGAGGGCCUUGCAGAUGAAGACAUACUGCGAGAGAUAGCGCAUCACAGCUACGACAAAAUGGCGCUUAAACUCACCGAGAUGCAGAUUGUUGUUGCUACAGCUAAAGAGGAAUGGCAUUCUGCUAUUGCUUCUGAAGUUGGGACACCUAUGCAUCUGCUGCAGCCCACAAACUUAGUGAUACAAAUACACAAAUGUCUCAUCACCGAUGACCCGAGGUUACCUAAAAUAAAAGUCAGGGGAGAGUUGGAGAAGAUCGCUGUUAGUGUGUCUGAAGAUAGAUUACUUACACUAUGCGAAAUAUUAGUUAGCAUGCCCCUACCACAGUCUGAAGAAACAACACAGUUGAAGCCUAGUGAUUCAAAGGCGUCAAGUCUAUCGUUACUGAAGUACUUGGACCCAGUCGAGAAACAAAAGAGAGAUACUGCAAGGUCUAAGCAAAGAAAAAAUGAAGAACAAACUGUUCAGCUGACUGAAGUUGAAGCAUUCUUUAUUAUGAAAGAACUGAUUCUAAGCGUCAAUCGCAAGACAGUAGACCCGUCGCAGGUUUACGAUAAAUUCCUAGUGUUCUCGCUGAAACUUCUCGAGCUGACUGCCACACAAAAGACGUUUACGCUGGAGGCGACUGUGAGGCUGGGUGCUGUGAACAUGCAACAUCAUAGAACUGGCUUUAGCACCAUAAACAUGAUAGAGACACCAGAAGUACAGAGUAUUGCGAAUGUGGACAGUACAGACAGUGCAGUCACGACUAAUAAAUAUUUGUUUGCGGUCACUUAUAGCAAUGUUGAUAAAAAAUGUCCUGAAUUCCGAAGUUAUUAUGGAUCAAUUGAGCAACUGAUUGAGCUGGAUUUCACCACUUUAAGAGUUUUGCUGCAUCUCCAAGGCUUACAAGAAAUACUCAUUAUUAUUAAUGAAUACCAGACACGUUUGCAAGCUAUCCAAAGCAAGGUUGACAGAUAUGCAAAUGCUGGUCCCUUAGAGACGAUCAUGGAAGAUGAAGAGUUCUCUGUUGCCAAAUCUAAAGCUAGCAUUUCAAAACCAGUCCGUCGUAAACAAGUGGAGAGUAUACAAUUGAAAAUAAACGUUAAGAUUGGGGCAGUAGAGAUUGGAUUUGAGACUGAUAGGCGGCCGAUAUCCAUUGUGAAAUUACAAGGUGCCAAAGCAGGCCUCAUAUUGAAGAGUUCAUACACGCAAGUCGAUUGUACGAUCGCCUCCAUUAAAGUGGAGGAUCUCAAUCCAGAAACUGUUCAUAAAGAGAUUCUUAAAGUGCUUGGUGGAGAUGUUAUGAACGUGCAAAUAGUUAUGUACAAUUUGGACCAAUACCCGACCGUGAGCGACGUCAAUAUGUCGAUAGAGGCACAAAUCAACUGUUUACGUAUAGUCUUUCUCAAUUGGUUCGUGACAUCUAUGUUGGAGUUCCUGAACAACUUCCAAAGCGCGCAAGCGGCGAUCAUCGAGGCGUCGUCGCAGGCGGCGGACGCGGCGCGCGCCAACGUGCAGAGCGCGUACCAGAACCUCACCAAGCUGGCGCUGCGCGUGCGCCUGGCCGCGCCCAUCGUCGUCGUGCCCGAGAACUGCGCCAGCCGCCACGCGCUGCUCGUCGACCUCGGCCGCAUGACGCUCAACAACAACUUCGUCGACCUGCCCGUCGCCGACGUUAGCAACAAAGUGACAGUAGACGAACUAACGCUCGAACUCGAAGAUAUGAAGCUAUCGUGUGUUGUGCUCAAAGACAACUACCAGGAUAUAGCUUCCGAACGGAAGCUGUUGCGACCGACCAGUUUUAAGCUGUUUGUUAAACGUAGCCUGUCGCAAUGGUAUGAAACAUUGCCUGAUUUAGACAUUUCCGGAAGGAUGAAGACAAUAGCUAUCACAGUAGGCCACAGCGACUACAAAAGCAUAAUGAAAAUAUUAAAUCAAAAUCUACAAGAGGGCCAGAAGAAAGCAGAAGAGAUAAAAGCCGCUCAGAAUGUACCAAAGGCCACAUCUAAAGCAGCGGUCAAAACUCAAAUUAGCAAAGUACAAGUCAAAGCAACUUCGACUCCUGUAACUCCCACGGAAGACAAGAAGCCAAGGACUACUAUAAAGUUCGCCUUUACUAUGGACAGCUUUGUCAUUGAUCUUAAGAAUACUAUAGAUUUGGAUAGCACACUGAGCGGUAAUGAUGUAGAUCUGGCUCGCUUCUGUCUCGCACUACUCUCAGUGAAAGGACGGAUGUUCUCUGACGGUUCCAUGCACACCUCCGUUCUGCUGGUCGACUGCACUUUGGACGACACUAGGCCUGGACGAGGCGCGAAGAUCACACGGUAUCUUGAGCGUCGGCGUGAUAAUAAGGAACCACUACUAGACCAAACCGAAGAUCCAGAUUCGAUCAUGGAGGCCCACGAUAAGAUACGCAGCAUGAUAGACAUUACCUAUACUAUGAAGAAUUCUGAUACAUUUAUCGAUAUGCGAAUAUUCAGUUUCAAUCUGAUUUUGGCGAUGGAUUUCCUGAACAAAAUCGCAGAGUUCAUGACCACCGGUCUCGCUGUUGACGCACCUGAGACACCUACUGAUGAAGUUGAUGUAAUCAAGCCUAGUGUAGAUAAGUCCGCUGACAAUGUCACUAAAAAGAAGGCUUCAAUGGCGGCUGCACCCCAAACAACAGAGCCACAAAAUAAUUCUAUGAUGACUGUAAAUAUAAAGAUUGAGCAGCCUGACAUUAUUCUUGUGGAGUCUCUUGAACAGAAGAAAUGCGAUGCCCUCGUGUUAAAUAUGGAGGCGCGGCUGAAGGUGCGGCGCACGGCGGAGCGCAUGGUGGCGGAGGGCGGCAUCUCGGGGCUGCAGCUGGUGCUGCGCGCGCUGGGCCGCGCCGCCGCCGCGCGCACGCUGCUGGCGCCCGCGCACGUGUCGCUGGCGCUCUCGCAGCCGCCCGGCGCCGGCCCGCACCUCGACCUCGCCGUCUCCGACAUCAAGCUCACCGUGUCGCCCGAUAUAAUAGCGCUUUUGAAUCGCGUGCUGGCAACAAUGACGAGCCGAGAAGAAGACAAUGUCGAGGAAGAAAACAAGGCAAUUUUGUACGACAACCUAUGGGCUAUUCGGCCAUUCCGGCCUAAUGCCUACUGGUUCUUAAAAACGGAGGAAGCGGAAGAAGCGAUCAACAUUGAUGACGUUACAAACAAUGAAGUAGCGAAACCGCCCACGGGCGAAAUAUGCCUGUUAUCCAGCCCUUCUAUUGUGAUUUCGUUGGAGAUGGAUAUCGGUAACGAAACCAUCCCGGUAUUAGUCAUGCAGGCUUCCCUCACUGCACAGGUUAAGGACUGGAGUUCCGAUCUGUACGUGGAGUCUACGUGGGCGAUGCAGGUGUCGUACUACAACAUCGGGCGCGCCAUGUGGGAGCCACUUAUAGAGCCUGUUGAAGUGCUCAAGGAUUCCCAGUAUAAACACAUACCCUGGGAGCUAAAGAUGGAGGUCGUAAUGAAACCACAAGACACCAACGCUCAAAUCGACACAACCGACGAGGUGACAACUCUGCAUGCCGUCGCACACAGGCACGCAAACAAAACUAUCACCAUUUCAAGCAGUGAACCACUUGAAAUCACCAUCACCAGAAGUGGAAUGGAGGUAUUGACGCAACUAGGCAACUCAUUCGCGGCUGCCGUGGCUACGGAAACUGAUACCACUCUCGUAUCAAAGUCGAGGACUGAAGACAGCUCAAACAAAGAAUUCUUGGGCGCACCAUACGUACUUCACAACUGCAUCGGUCUGACCACCAAGUUGCUGCUGCAGAAUAACGACGAUUUCUCCGUGUUUCUUACUGACGAAUACAAAUCCAAUGAUUAUAGGGAAGUUGUUUUAGAGCCAGGCGCAUGUGUUCCAUUGCAGCUGAAGCAUGGUGGACUCAAUUUGAUGAAAUUGAAUGAGCCACCGCCACCACUGAAGCUAACUGUUAAGAUUGUAGAAUUGGAUGAAGAGGUGGUAAUACCAGUCGAACGUGCAGAUAAACGGUAUUUCACACUGGGAAGAAGACAAGCGGGUGGCACUCUGGAGAAAAACGUUCCACACGCCGCCGCCGUAGAGCCGCGCGGACUCAUUUCCGACGUCCUCAUGCAAGAUGCUGCGCUGCAUAUAUACCUGCGCAGUGUCGUGCAGGUAACAAAUACGCUCGCGGUAAACGUUUCCGUAUACUAUAUGACCGCGAGCGGUAAUGAGGUGGGCUUAUUAGGGGAAGUCAAGCCUGGCCGAAUUCUACGCUUGCCCCUGCAAGCUGUCCAUACACCAACUGCUGAGAUAUUCUUCUCAGUUGAAGGUUUCACGGUGUCAGUGUCACCAUUUAUUUGGCGUGAGUUGCAGCAAGAAGUAAAGAUUACAAAGUUGCUUCAAUGUGAUUCCAAGGACAAAACCAGCGGAGAGAAGUUCUAUUUGAAGGCUGUGGGCACAAUGGAGCAAGUUUACUAUGAGCACACAAACCGUCACACCUUUGCCUCAUCCUGCUACGACAUAGUGCUGAAGCCGGCCGUGAAGUUGCAAAACUCCUUGCCAAUUGACAUUGUUGUAUCGCAGUUGGGUCUAAAGAGAACACAGAUAUUUAAGCCUGGAGAGAUGUUCCACUUGUCACAUCUGGCUCCCAACAGGGCCUCCAUAGUUGUAAUGAUACAAAGUUAUCUUGACAAAUGCUGGGUAUGUACAAAAAAUCUCCCAGAUGAGGAAACGGAAUUAUCUGUGUGGUCAUUUGAGUCUCACGACAGUCCCUCAGUAAUGACGUUGGACUUGGGCAUGCACAGUGUGGACAUGGAGGGCACACAAGUGCUCUCAUUGUACUGCCCGUUCUGGAUGCUGAACAAAACUGGUUUUACAUUGUGCUAUAGAAAAUCAAAGAAACCAGAAAAAGCCUCCAGCUCACCCAGCAAGAGCGCAGAUGAAACGGGAAAUGUCAUCUUCCAUCCUAAGGAUUAUAAGGAACCAAUAUUAUUUUCGUUUCGAGCCAAGAAUUUCUUCGGUAAGAAAAAGGCGGCCAUUAGAGUGGAGUUUGGGGAAUGGUCUGACAAGUUCUCUCUUGAUGUGCCUGGCAGUUCUGGCGUUGUCAUAUGCAAGAAUGAGGACAGAACAUACCAAGUGGCAGUUACGAAUCAGCUGACUUUUAAUAGCUUGACGAAGAUGGUGAUAUUUACACCAUUCUUCUUAAUCAUUAACGAAGCACCCUUCGCCAUUCAGUACCAAGAGCUACAUAGACCUGGUGAUCCUUGGAGAGAGGUUGAACAAAACGCGAGUUCGCCUCUGUGGCCGGUGGUGGAGAAGGAGGACAAACUGUUGCUGCUGCGAGUCGCCGGCUCUACGGAACACGCCGCUCCUUUCCUCUAUACUGAGCAACACACUGUGUGUUUAAAGCUUAAUAACGAGUACGGCGGGCUGCACGUGGAGGUGCAGCUGAGCGAGGGCGGCACGUACGUCACGGUGCGCCAGUACCGCGACGGACACGCGCCCGCGCUGCUCGUCAACUUCUCGCCGCACACCAUCACCGUCUACGAGAAGGAGAACGUCAACGUCAAGAAAAUACAACCUAUGCACCAAAUGCUCUUCACGUGGGACAAUCCGGCUGGACCUCGUAUUCUUAUAUUCGAAGGCCACAAGAAGAAAGAAAUCGAAAAUGAUCUCAGAAAAGACGGCAUUGGCGAAUUUAUGAUAAAGGAGGGGACGCUUGUGUCGUGGGUGUCGUUCCUGGACGGGCUGCAGCGCGUGGUGCUGGUGGCGGAGGACGCGGCGCUGGCGGCGGCCGCGCACACGCUGGGCGAGGCCGAGCCGCUGCACACCGAGCUCGUGCUCUCCAUACACGGCUUCGGCCUGUCGCUCGUCGACGACCGCGAGCUGCUCGAGAUCGUCUACCUCAGCGUCUCCAACUCUGGAAUAAUAUGGGAGCAGUGUAAAAUUGGUGCGCGACGCUAUAAGAGGAUCGAAGGUCCAAAACUCAUACAAUUGGAGGAGGCAUACCAACGUUACAUUGCCGAAAAGAUGGUCAGCGAUGACCCCGUGUCGCCUAGAGUCAUAAUUGAUGAGAAGAUGGAGGUGGACCUGGAGGAGAUGCGGCUGCUGCGGCCGGCGGCGCGGCUGCUGCGGCGCACGGCCGAGCCGGGCGUGUGGGCCAGCCUGGGCCUGUCCGCGCACUCGCGCCGCCUGCACGCGCGCCUGCACCGCCUGCAGCUGGACCAGCAGCUGCCGCUGCCCACCUUCCCCGUCGUGCUGGCGCCCGUGCCGCCGCCCAAGUCCGUCGCGCACGACCAGCCCAACGGUAUGAAGCCAUUCAUCGAGGUGUCGAUAGUGGAGCGUAUCAUGGAGCACAGUAAGGUCCGCCAGUACAGAUACUACAAGGUCCUGAUCCAAGAGUUCCAUGUAAAGGUUGAUAUGGGGCUUAUCAAUGCACUUAUGGGCAUGUUCCCACAAAAGCUUCUCACUGAACAAGAAGCGCUGGAAGCGUUCCAGUUGGACUUAGAAAGAGCUGCUCAACCGUUAGAAGCACUCGCCGCAUUGGGUGCAGCGUCCGAUCAAAAGAAUUUCUAUGACAACUUACAUUUAUCACCACUUAAGGUUCACGUUUCAUUUUCACUCGGCGGUACCACUCAACUGCCCACUUUCGUAGGAACGAUCCUACAAAGUAUUGGCGUCACAUUAACGGAUAUGAACGAUGUUGUAUUUAAGCUGUCAUACUAUGAAAGAAAUUACGAAUUCUUGUCGCAGAAAGAGUUGAUAAACCAAGUACAAAGUCAUUACACAGGCCAAGCUUUAAAACAAUUGUAUGUUUUGGUGCUCGGAUUGGACGUCAUUGGUAACCCAUAUGGACUAGUCAUUGGGCUAAAGAAAGGCGUUGAAGAUCUAUUCUACGAACCAUUCCAAGGCGCGAUCCAGGGGCCGGGCGAGUUCGCGGAGGGGCUGCUGCUGGGCGUGCGCUCGCUGGUGGGGCACACGGUUGGCGGUGCGGCGGGCGCCAUGUCGCGCAUCACCGGCGCCAUGGGGCACGGCCUCGCCGCACUCUCGCUCGACAAGGAUUACCAACGCCGUCGAAGAGAUAACAUCAACAAACCACCUGCAAAUUUGCAAGAAGGACUUGCAAGAAGCGGAAAGGGUCUCGUUAUGGGCUUGGUAGACGGCGUAACCGGGGUGUUCACGAAGCCUUUUGAGGGCGCGCGUGAUCACGGAGUGGAGGGUUUCUUCAAGGGACUGGGCAUGGGCGCCGUGGGACUGGUGGCGCGCCCCACCGCUGGAGUCGUGGACUUCGCGUCUGGCUCGUUUGACGCCGUCAAGAGGGCGGCGGAUCUGUCGGAGGAGGUGACGAAGCGGCGCGCGGCGCGCUACCUGCCGCCCGACGCCGGCGUGCGCCCCUACUCGCGCCUGCAGGCCGAGGGCUACAAGAUGCUCUCCGACCUCGAGAAGGGCAAAUACGUGAGCACGGACACGUAUGAGGCGCACGUGUGGGUGAUUCCGGCCAAGGAGGUGGUCAUGUGCACCGACAAGCGGCUACUCUACCUCGAGAGGAAUCACGUCUUCGGCGGCUGGCAGAUUGUUUGGACUUACCUCUGGACAGAGAUACCGGAGGUCCCGACGGCGGUUAACAAAGGUGUCUUUAUACCCACAGCUAAGAAAAAAGUUCUCGGAAUGUUCUCCAGCUCCGGUUCCGGAAAAGUGAUAUUCCUAUACGACGAACAACAGAAGAAAUUUUUGUUGGCACAAUGCGAAAGGCUUAUGCGUUCAGCGCAUUGA